AUGUCUGUAUUUACAUUUGGACAUGGAUCGAAUGGUGCCUUGGGUUUAGGUAAAAUUACAGAUGACACAUGUCCAACUCCUCAAAAAGUUAAUUAUUUUACAGAAAUUGAUAAAAGAGUUAAAAAAGUGGCAUGUGGUUCAUAUCAUACAGUAUUUGUUACAGAUGAUGAACACUUAUAUAUAUGCGGUAUAAAAAAGGAUCCAAAACAUGGAACUACAUUAUUUUAUACAAGUCCACCUCCAACAACUACAACUACAACUACUACCACUAGCAGUACCAGUGCAACAACUACAACAACAAAUGGAAUGGUUAAUGAAAAAAAUAAUAAUAAUAAAAAUAAUAAUGGCGAAAAAAUUGUAAAUAGUAAACCGGAAUCAGUCAUUAUUAAAGAUGGAGCAUCAAAUACAACCAAUGAUUCAACUUCAUCUUCUUCAACUUCAACUUCUUCUUUAUCAUCAUCAUUACCACCAACAAAUAUUGAAACACCAAGAGAUAAAAAGAAACCACCAAUUAAACUAGAUAAAGGUAUACCUCAUCAUAGAUCAACAAGAGAAUUAAUACAAAGACCAGAAAGUCCAUUAUUAAAUAAAUUAUUAACAUCAAAAGCUGAAAUGGAAUUUAAACAUUAUGAAUCAAAUGAGAAAAGUAAAGAUGAAAUGAAGGAUAAUGAAAAUGAAAAUGAAGAAGAUGAAGAUGAUGAUGAUGACGAUAGCACUAUACGACAAAAUGAAGAUAAGGAAUCAUCAUUAAUUGAUGAUAAUGAAAGUGAAACAAGUUUAAGAAUUAAUAAAAAAGAUGCGGAAAAUAUAACAAAUAAUAUAAGAUUAAUUAAAGAACUUGAUGAACAACAACAACAACCACAACAACCACAACAAAAUCUUAAAGGUAUAAUGAAUCAACCACCAUUACCAACAAAUGAUGAUUUAGAUGAAGAUCCAAAUAUUCAUUUUACACCAAUUAGAAUUUCAACUCACUUUUUAGAGAAUUCUCCAUUGAAUACUAUUAAACAAGUUGCAUUGGGUAACUAUCAUAUUGUAUUAUUGACAGAAGGUGGUAAUGUUUGGACAUGGGGUUCAAAUUCAAAUGGUCAAUUAGGUUAUUUGGUUGAUACUCAACAACAACAACAACAACAAUUACAACAACAACAAAGUAUGUCAUCAUUACAACCAUCUGCUUCAUCUUCUUCACCCUCUUCAUCUUCCUUACAAACAACAUGUACUCCAAAAAUGGUUGAAAUUAAAUGUGUAAAAUAUAUUGCAACUGGUGUAAAGAAUACAGCUGCUUUAACUGAAUGGGGUGAACUUUAUAUGUGGGGUAUUAAUGAACAUGGUGAAUUAGGAUUAGGUGAUACAAUUGAUAGACGUACACCAACUCGUGUCAUUAGAUUAAAGAAUGAAGUUGUAUCAACUAUCGCUUGUUCAAGUACUCAUAGUGCAUGUUAUACUGAAUCUGGUAAAAUGUAUGUGUGGGGUCAAAGUGAUGAAACUGGUAAAAUCCAAGCCAUCCCAUCACCAUUACCAAUUCAUAGUUAUUUAGAUAGAGAGAUUAAAUCACCAAAUGGUGGUGGUGUUGGUGGUUUCUUUGGUGGUGGUGGUAAAAUUAAACAAUUAGCAUGUGGUCAACGCUGUAUUGCAGUGCUAACUCAAAUGGGUGAAGUAUUUAUGUGGGAAAUACCAGGUAUACCAAUACCAUUACGUAAUGCAUUAGAGAAUCAUAGUGUUAGAAAUAUUGUUAUGGGUAAUUUUCAUUUAGUUUGUUUAACUGAUAGUGGAGAAGUUGUAACCAUUGGUAGAAAUAAAACUGGACAAUUGGGUAGAACUGAUGCUGAGAAUGAACCUGGUAUUGUUAAACAACUCUCAUUCGAUCCUGAUGGUUUGAAUAGUGAUGAAUUUGUUGUAUCAAUAGCAGCUGGUGAAUUUCAUUCAGUGGCAUUGGUUGAAAAUACUCCAAAGACAAAAUUAGCAUUACAAUUGGUUAGAAUGCAAAGAAAUUAUCUACGUCAAUUAAAUAUCUUAAAUAAUAUCUACUAUAAAUCAAUGAUGUCAAUGGCAUCACCUUAUGAUCCAGUCGUUCUAUCAAUGAUGAAUAAUGGUAGUGCUUCAACUUUACCACCAUCUCUUAAAGGUUUAAGUGGUGGUUUACCUGAUAAUGCAAAUAAUACUAUUAAAAAUGGUAAAGAUAAAGAUAACCACCAUAAUGGUGAUAGUAAUGGUCAUCACAGUAAUGGUCAUUAUCAUGGUAAUGGUAAUAAUGGUAAUAAUUCAAUAACAACUAGUAAUUCAAUAUCAUCACCAUCAUUACUAGGUAGUGGUGGCACAUUAAAAUCACGUUCAGCAAGUAUUGCAACUAUUAGAGGUUUAUUUGGUAUUAAUCAUAUGUUACAUCAUUCACAAUCACAAUCAUUUCAAGAGGAGAAUUCAACCGUUACAGAAGAUGAAAUUAAAGAGAUCUUUUCAGAUAUUGAAGCAUUAUCAAAAUUGACAGAGAAAUUCCUAAGCUAUCUCGAUCAACGUAUGGAUAAUUGGGAUCCUGUAUCAAAGGUGUUGGGUGAUAUAUUCUUGGAUGAAGCAUUAAUGGCAGCCUAUCGUAUCUAUAUACCCUAUAGUGAUAGCUACAACACAUCAUGUAUGACACUAUUCAAUAUUAGACGUCGUAAUGAACGUCUCUCAAAUAUCAUCAAAGAUUGUGAAAAGAAGAGUAAAUCAUUUGGUGUUAAAUUAGAUCAAGAAUUUGUCAAAGAAAUUGAUUUAAAAAGUUUACUAUUAUCACCAUUACAAAAUAUACCAAGAAUUUAUAUAUUACUAAGAGAAUUGGGUAGUGACGAUAGUGGUAAUAUCAAUCCACGUGAUAUUGAUUUAAUUAAUUUCGCAGCCACCAAAUUCCAAGUACUCUUGGAAAGAAUGAAUCAAAAUUUCCAAUUUGUAAAUGCAGUUGAAAUUUUACAUUGUUCCUCCAAUGAAUAUGGUAAUCCUCAAAUUAUGGGUGGUUCAUUACCACAAUUGGUAGAUAAAUUAACCCAUCACAAUAUUUCAGAUCCAAAUUUCCGUGAUGUUUUCUUAUUAACUUUUCGUGCUUUCACAACUCCCUGUAAUCUAUUCGAUUUGUUAGUUGAAACUUUCCAACGUCAAAAACAUCUUAAAAAUGGUAGAGUUGUAAAUGUCAUCACCUCUUGGGUAGUUCAUCAUUUCUAUGACUUUGAAAAAGAUAAACUCUCUGAUUUCACUCAAGAUCCAAAUCACAACCCACAAUUACUCUCUGAAAAAUUGGAACAAUUUAUAUAUAGUGAAGAUCAUCAAUCAGUUUCUCAAAUUAAAUUACAAUAUUUCUCUCAUCGUAAACGUUUAGAAUCUUCAAUCAAUUUAAUUGAUAAUCAAAAAUUAACUCAAAAUGAAAUUACAACUCCACCACCACUACAAAUUCAAAAUAAUAAUCAAAAUAAUAAUUUAGAAAAUAAUAAUAAUAAUAAUAAUAAUAAUAAUACAACUACUACUACUACAACUCCAAAUGACAAUAUAAACGAUAUUAAUAAUAACAAUAACAAUAACAAUAAUAAUAAUAAUAAUAAUAAUAAUAAUAAUAAUAAUAAUAAUAAUAAUAAUAAUAAUAAUAAUAAUAAUAAUAAUUUAACAAAUAGUACAAUUAAAUUAGUAGUUCAACCACCAAUACCAAUUAAUUUUAAUUUAUUAGAUAGUCAACCAAUUGAAGUUGCACAAACAUUAACAAUAAUGGAUCAUCAUUAUUUUGCAAUGAUUGAUAAGAGAGAAUUUUUAGGUCAAAGAUGGGCAAAGAAUAAAUCACCAAAUAUUCAAAUUUCAACAGAUCAUUUCAAUAGAACCAGUCAAGUGGUUGUUACAGAGAUUUUAAAAUCUAAAAAUUCAAAACAAAGAUCUGCAACAUUGGGUUACUUUAUUAGUGUAGCUUAUUGUUGUUUCGAAUUGAAUAAUCUAUCAGGUACUGCAUCAAUUAUCUAUGGUUUAAAUAGUGCUUCCAUUCAACGUUUAAAGAAAUCUUGGAGUAAAUUACCAAAAGAGUCAAUGAUAGCAUUCGAAUAUUUAGAUAAGAUUGUAACUCCAAUGAAAAACUAUAUAUCAUUACGUCAUCUAAUGACAACUAUUCAACCACCUUGUGUACCUUUUCUUGGCACCUAUCUAAAGGAUCUCACCUUUAUUGAAGAAGGUAAUCCUUCAAUCAUUGGUGGUUUGAUCAAUUUCUAUAAACAAAGAAAGAUUGCUGAAGUAAUCUUUCAAAUUCAACAACAUCAACAAGUGGUUUACUCUGCCAUUAGAUCAAAUCCAACAAUUAAAGCUUUCUUAAUGUCUUCACAUACUUUUGAUGAUAAACAAGCUCAAAAAAUUUCUUCUGAGGCAGAAUAA